CUCGCUCUGAGGUUUUAGUAUAAUUCUCUAAGCAAUAAUUAUACGAAUUUCUGGAACUGAAUUUGGACUCUAAAUUGAGCUCUUUCCUGUUUUCUUCAUCCUUGUUGUCAAAUGUUCAUGAAUUCUUUUUCUUUCUUCAUUGGUCAAAUGAAAUGUUCAUGUAUUCCAUUCGUGAAAAUGUCCUUAAUUAAUUUGAUUCGUCUAUUUUUUGGUAAUACAUGUGUGUGUAUCUUCAGCUAAUUUUGUCCAAUUUUUAUAUCAUCACUAGAAAAAAAAUUGUGAUGAUGUUCAUAUGCUCUUCUGAUUCAUUCUCUGCAUAAUGCUUGUCAGGUCAAGUUUUUGGAGUUUUUUUUUUUUUUUUGAAGUGUUUGUAAGGUUUAUUGGUCAAUGGCAACCACCAGCACCCCCACCACCAAUGUUACUUUGAAGCUCUUGAUUGAUACAAAGGGCCACAAAGUUCUGUAUGCUGAAUCAGGCAAGGAAUUUGUGGACUUUCUUUUCACCAUUAUGUCUUUACCCGUCGGCACUGUCAUUAGGCUCCUCAGCAAGGAUAGCAUGGUUGGUAGCUUAGGCAAGCUUUACGAUAGUAUCGAAAACAUUGGUGACAUUUACAUGCUACCAGAUUGUAACAAAGAUACUUUGCUCAAACCAAAAGCGGUUAUAGGCAGUGGGGAUGCCUCUCUUUUGUUAACCAAUGAUGAGUCAGUGGAGGAAAAAAAGCUUUUCAUGUGUGUGAACUACCACCGGUAUGUGGCUGAUGACCCUAGAGCCAUAUGUCCACAGUGUAGAAACCAUCUCUCCACCAAAGUGCCUUAUGUUGCUCCACAGGCUACUACUGCUGGAUCUUCUGGGGGUGGUCAUGGAUAUGUGAAAGAUGUUGUGACAUACAUGAUUAUGGAUAAUUUGGAGGUGAAGCCUAUGUCUACCAUAUCUUGUAUAACUAUGCUCAACAAGUUCAAUGUUAAGGAGGUUGGUUCCCUUGAAGAGAAGGUGGUUCAUCUAGGCAUGGAUGAGGGUUUGAAACUGUUGAAGGCAUCAUUGGAGUCAAAUUCUGUUCUCACCAAUGUUUUCCUUGGGACGAAAGAAGCAUAAACAUCUCAAUGCCCUGCAAGCGAAAAUGACAUUCUGGAGCUUCUAUGAGAUCCUGGCCUGGUUGCUAAGUUGUAAGAAGGCGUUCAGGAGGCUAAACUUUUGUGAACAACUAGUCAUUGUAAAAGUUCGUUGUCACUUUGAUGUCUUUGUCUUGUUGAAUCAGUAGUUUUAACAGUAGUUAAGCAGGAAUCAUGAACAUUUUGUUGCAUGAGUAUCUCAACUUAAUUUGCACCGUAAUUGUUGGAAUUGA